AGAAGAGGAGCAUCAGCAGGAGCCACCAGGGACCAAAGAUCUGACAAACUCCUCGUAUUUAUCCACAGAUAUUUCAGAGCUGCUGCGGUGUCGGGAUGCUGUUCCGCUCGAUCGUGGACCGAGGAGUGGGCCGGCGGAGGCAGAACGCCCUCCCUGCAGACCCCUGGUCCAGGUAUCCUCUGAGCUCUCUGCUGGACGGCUACCAGUGCAUCCGACAUGAUGAGCACAUCUCCUAUGGGAACCUGGGGGACUCCGUGCCCCCAUUUGGAUUAACGUUCUCCUCUGCAGGAGAUCUACAGCAUGUCCUGGCAGCAGCUAAUGAAGAAGGCAUCGUUAGGAUCUAUAACACAGAGAGCCGGGACAACCCCCUCCUUAAAGAGUGGCUCGCUCAUGAGAACGCAGUCUUUGACAUCGCCUGGGUACCAGGGGAGCCUCAGUUAGUGACUGCUGCAGGUGACCAGACGGCCAGGCUGUGGGAUGUGAAGUCUGGGGAGCUGUUGGGCAGCUUUAAGGGUCACCUCUGCAGCCUCAAGUCUGUCGCAUUUGCACCACAGGAGAAAGCUGUUUUCUCCACUGGGGCCAGAGACGGGAAUAUUAUGGUCUGGGACACCAGGUGCAGCAAAAAAGAUGGUUUCUACAGACAGGUGAAACAGAUCAGCGGCGCUCACAACAAAGCAGAGACGAACCCUCCCUCAAAGACAAAGAAGAGGCGGAGCGGCAUGCGUGGCAUGGCUCCCAGCGUGGACACCCAACAGAGUGUCACAGUGGUUUUAUUUCGGGAUGAUCAAACUCUCAUCUCUUCAGGGGCUGUUGAUGGAGUAAUCAAGAUGUGGGAUCUGAGGAAGACGUACACGGCACACCAUCAGGAUCCUGUACCCCUGCAGGCCUACCCGUACCCCGGGUCCUGCACACGAACACGACUCGGUUAUUCCGGACUUGUUCUGGACUCGUCACGAUCCAACGUCAUGUGUAACUGCACCGAUGACAGCAUCUACAUGUUCAACGUGUGCGGAGUGAAAACCUCUCCGGUGGCAGUUUUCAGCGGCCACCAGAACUCCUCGUUUUAUGUCAAGUCCACUAUCAGCCCAGACGACCAGUUCUUAGCCAGCGGCUCCAGUAACAACCACGCAUACAUUUGGAAGAUCUCUGAGCCACAACAUCCUCCCAUGAUGCUUCAAGGCCACAGUGAGGAAGUCACAUCCGUUGCAUGGUGUCCGACAGACUUCACUAAGAUUGCUUCCUGUUCUGAUGACCACACUAUACGGAUCUGGCGGCUUCACCGGGAAAUUGAUGGAGCACAAUCAUCAGUAGGAGAGGCUAAUCUAGUCGGAUGGGCACAUCCGAUGUCUCCCUCAAGGCCUUCAGUCAGAGCUGAGACGACCCCUGCCAAGACCCAGAGGACACAGAGUCUUGGUGGCUUAUCCUCACCCCGGCUUGCUGCCUGUGCUCCCAGCGGAGCGGCCCUGCCUUUUCCUUCCAGUACCACAUCGCCCAUCCCCUCUCAGGACGCGAAGGUGGCCGCUGUUCGCCAGAGAACACCGCUGUCUAUCAAACAGUGGCUAUCCCCGGGCCGUGCAUCCCCCGGCCAGGUCAGCCCUCCGCUCUGCCGGGUGCUGAGCCCGUGUCCCCAGAGCCCAGCGAGCAGCACCUCUCCCACAGAACGACGGGCCAAACGGAGGCUGGAAACUGGCGGCAGUUCUUCUGCAGGCUGUGAGAGCGUCGAACAGUGUGACUGUGUUACUGAACUGUACCCUGCAGCCAAGAGAAACCGCGUCCUGCCUGGUAUCUGCUGCCCUGCUCAGGAGAGCUCGGUGCAAACAGACUGUCACACAGAGGACAGCAAACAGGCUUCCUGGAGACAGACUGGCAAAGAGAACUGUUCUCCCAGAGGAGCGAACUGGUUGUCAGAGAUGAGCCAAAAGAUGAAGAAAAGUCAUGGAAGCCCCAGUACUUCCAGAAGUCCCAGCACCUCUAAGAAGCAAGAAGGCAAGACACCAGCUUCACCUACCAUCCGCUCGCCGCAGACCAUGAAAAAAAUCUCCAUGUAUUUCACAAGAAGGCCUCUGGAGUGACCCACUUGAGCCGAUCAGAUGCUUUAAGAUGAUAUAUUUUUAUUUAGGAUAUUUUUAAGUGACAAUACGCCUCUAAGAACUGAUUACGUCCAAAUUACAGGAGCACAUGAACCCGGGUUGCAUCGAAACUGACGUAGCAGCCAUGCUAAAUAUUUGAUGCUGCGGCUUUGACACGCAGUGACCCGGUUUUUUGAGCAGGUUUUUUGUUAAAUAAUUGGUUCAUAGGUUUUGCAGUCACUUCCUGCACAAGUUUCUUGCACUGUGCACAAUUUCUAUUCAGGAAAUGAAGUUGCAUGUUGCAUAGUAAAUCUUUCAUUUUACUUGAAUCGCACAACUUCACAAAACAUUUAAUACGAUCGCCAACAUUUAUUAAGCUGGUCAUUAGAUUGACUUGGUAUCGAUCCUCAAGUGCAGAGAAAAAUAUUUGCCCACGAGUGUGGAGACUCUGCUAAAUAACAAACAAACAAUGAUUUGGUUCACACGUUUAGGCCCUUUUAUGGCCAUUUAGCAAUACUACAGUGUGAGCCGGUCACAGUCCAUCACAUCAUUUAUAUCGUUAUCAGUUUGUGGCUUUUACCAUGUAUGGGUUUGAUUUUUGUUCAACCAGUAUUGCACAUACAAUUUCCCUUUUUUUUUUUCUUGUGAAAAUGCUUAAAUUGUUUAUGUGUACAAAACAACCAAUGGAUGGUUUAUUUGUAUUUAAUUGACUCAAAUUGCUGUAGUCAAACUUUAUUAAAUUUAAAAUGGUUUUGAGCGUG